AUGGCGGACCGCGCGCGGCUCCUCCCCCGCGCGGAGCUGCUUCAUUACGGCAUCGUCCGAGCCGCGGGAGGCGCCGACGCCGGCGACGCGGUGCUCCGCGUGGACGUCGCCGGGGACAGGCUCGUGGAGGUCGUGAACGGCGUGGACGAGAAGAUAAUAUACUUCGAGGACGUCGUGUGCUACGCCGUGGACGACGACGACGGGCUCGGGACGACCUGGGACCGGGACGGGGACGACGACGACGACGACGCGGAGGACGAGGAGGACGAGGAUGAAAUCUCCGUCUCGCGGACGACGAUCACGAUAACCGUCCGAACCGGGGAGGGAACGUCGUCGGACUCGGAGUACUCGGACUACGGCGACGACGACGAAGACAAGGACGAGGAGACGAUCGACGUGGACUACAGGCUGCAGACGGUCGCGGACGUCCGCGCGCUGCGUCACGUGCUGGAACGCAUCGCGAACGGAACGCUCCGCGACGACGACGAGGACGACGACGACGACGACGGCCCGUCGACGUCCUACGCGCUCGGCCCGUUCGCCGGACUCGACCGCCGCGUCGUCCGCGGCGGAGUCCUCAUGCGGCGCGAGCGCGGGGAGUGGAAACGAUGCGCCGCGGCGGCGACGCGAGGGAAACUCUUCGUCCUCGCCCCGAGCGCGAAGGGGGACGGCUUAGUUGUCACGACGGCGGUGUCCCUCGCGGGCGCGCGCGUCGUCCCGCGCGGCACGCGUCUCGGACACGACGCCGGCGAGUUCGACGUCAUCGCGCCGCCGAACGUCCGGCUCGUCCUCGCCGCGCGCGGGGGAUUGGAACGGAAUUGCUGGGUCGACGCGGUCCAGCGCGCGAUCGACGCGGCGUCUCCGCGCGGGCCGCGUUUCGGCGGCGGCGCGAUUUCAAACGCGCGCGCGGAUAAAGAGAACGACCUGGUGUGGUCGAACGGGCGGCUCGCGAGCGAGGUUUUGGACGAGGACACGAGAGCGGCGAUCGCGGAGGCGACGCGAGUCGCCGCGGGGCUUCAGGCGGCGAAGGGUAACGCGCACGACGCGAUCGUAUCGCCGUUGAAGCGAGGAAGCGGUCGCGGCGGCGGCUGGGACGACGACUCGGACGACUCGGACGAUUCGGACGACCUCGAGGAGGAGGGCGGCGACGGCGUCUUCGUCCUCGGGCGGUGCUGGAAACGUCUGCAGCUCGGUGUGAGCGAAGGAUACCUGUUCACGUUCGCCGUGGACGCGCUACGGCCGCGAUCGGUCGCGGUCUCGGGCGACGACGACGCGUCGAUGUCCUCCGAGCGCGCUACCGCGACGCGAAUGACGCUGCGGGUGGACGUCGACCGCGGCGUCGUCGAGGCGUACAAGGAGGGGAGAGGGAGAGGGAGAGGAAAAAAGGCGCGGGGGAAGGGUUCCACGCCGUCGACGAUGUCCGAGACGACGCUGAUCAAGACAUUGAGCGUCUUCGAGGUGACCCCGGCGCCGCCGUCGCGAACGCGCGUCGGCGCGGACGCCCACCUCUCGUGCGAGCGGUUCAUCACGCUCGAGAUGAUCCCGUCGUUUUACCGCGACGACGACCCGAUCGAAGUCGCGACGUUCGCGUUCGACUCGAAGGAGGACCGCGACGUGUUCGUCGCCGUGACGAACGACGUGCGACGCGGGACGUACCUCUCCGCGGAUAAGUAUCAGCCGCGCGGGAUCAUCAAACGCGGCUCGGAGGUUUCGAUGUCGACGUCGCGGCGAGACGGCGGCGGCGGCGUAAAAGGCGCCGGCGCUCUCCCGCCGCCGCGGUUCCUCGUUCUGAUCCCCGGGAAGCUGUUCGUGUUGACGACCUCCUCCCCCCCCGCGCCGCUGUUCACGGUGAGUCUGACGUCGCCCGCGUGCGCGUUUGAAGCCAGGGCAAAGGACGCGGACGCUGUCGUGAUGGUGUCCGUCUCGGAGACGCGGCGGUAUUUCUUCCGCGUCGGGUCCGUCGACGACGCGCGCGAGUGGGUCGCCGCGCUGUUGGAAGCGUCUCGCGGCGCGUCCGCGAAGAAGAAGAAGACGACGACGGAUGGGACGGAGAGCGAGCCGACGCCGAAGCACCCGCCGCGCCCGUCGCCGCCGCGGUCGCCGCGCGCGUUCGCGUACUCCCCGUCACCCGCGUCUUCGCGGUUCCGACGGAGACUCAUCUUACAAGUCGACGCGAAGACGAGAGCGGAGGAAGAGGAAGCGAGAGCGGCCGCGGCGAGAGAGGAAGCGACAGAGAAGAGGAGCACGUCCAUCUUCGCCGCGUUUUCAAAGCGCAAACGCGUCCGCGUCCCGGAGACGGCGGAGAAGUCCGCGGAGGAGGGCGCGGAGAAAGCACAAACGGCGCAGAAGACGUCCGCGCGCGAGAAGAUGCGAGCCGCGGUCGCGAAAGAGCGCGAGGCGCGGAAGCGAGCGGAAGAAGACGCACGCGUGUUCGCGGAAGGCUACGCCGCCGCGAAGGCGAAGCAAAAAGCCGCGGAAGACCUCGCCAAGGCGGCGGACGAGCGACGCGUUCGCGCGGAAACCGAAGCCCACGCCGCGGUGUCGGAGAGGGCGGAGAGAGAAGCGCGCGAGAGCGUCCAAGCCGAGCUCGCGCGCGUGAAAGCCGAGGAGCUCGCGGCGAGGAAGCGAGAGGAGGAAGCGGACCGCGAGCGAGCCGCGGCGGCGGCGGCGGCGGCGAUCGCGUCGGAGAACAAAACGAGAGAAGAAGCCCGGCGGAGGGCGGAAUUCGACGCCGCGCUCGAAGCCGCGCGACGGGAAGAGCAGCGGUUAGAAGCCGAGGCGGAGGCUGCCGCGGCGGCGGUGAAGGCGGAGUUCGAGCUGGCGGCGAUGGAGGCGUCCAAAGCCGCGGCGGCGGCGGCGGCGGCUGAAAAGUCCAGGCUUGACGCGCGAGCGAAACUCGAAGCGAGCGAACGCGAGCGCGUCGCCAUGGAGGCGGCGAAGAGAGCGGCCGCGCGCGCGGAGGAGGACCGCCGACGACGCGCGGAGGAGGACGCCAGACGCGCGGAGGAGGACGCCAGACGCGCGGAGGAGGAGCGACGAGAGAACAUCGCGCGCGCGACGGCGAAGGAGGCGGAGGAAGCCGCGAGGAUGGCGGCGAUGGUUCAAAAGGAAGCCACCGCCGCCGCCGCCGCCGCCGUCGCCGCCGCCGCCGCGGAGAAGCUCAACGAGAUCAGCGCGAGCGGCGCCUCUCCGGAGUUUGCCGGGUUCGGCACGAGCGCGAGCGGCGUCGGUCCCAACGCGGACGGCGGCGGCUCCGGCGAGGGCACGCCUCGGCUCGGGAACUCGCCGCCGCCGUCGCCGCCGCCGUCGCCGCCGCGUCCGCCGCCGUCGUCGCCUUCGCUUCCGACCAACCCGGCGAACUCGGCGGCGGGCCGCGUGACCCCGCGGUCGAACUACUGGGCGUCGUUCUCAACGCUGCAAGCGCAAGCCGCGGCGAAACGGCCGCCGGCGAAGCAAUCGCUCGCGUUCGAAGACCCGUCGGAAGACCCGCCGCGACGCUCGCCGCCGUCGUCGCCGCCGCCGCCGAUUCGGCCGUCCCCCGGGCACCACCGCCGGACGUCGUCGAUCACGUCCAUCGGUUCCUUGGACGAGACCUCGCCGCCGCAGGGGACGACGACGACGACGACGACGACGACGACGACGACCGCGGAAGUCGCGAAGAAGAAGUCCACCAGGAGCAAGUGGCUGAAAGGGCUGUUCCGCUCGAGCUCGAAGACGAAGCCCUCGUCAAAAUGA